AUGGUUCCCCUGAAUCGUGGUGCCGCAUCAACCAUGGUUAAGACCGGAAACUAUAAACUCAGGGCCUCUCCCGCCGCCGGCGUCGGCGGCAUGUACGCGACCUCGAACGGUACGUUCAAGAUCGUUACCACCGCCGCACAAGUGCCAUCAACCUUUGAACGUCAAACCUGGAGGAUUACUGUCGUCGAGGGCAAGAAAGACACGUACACAAUCGUCUUGGUCCACAAAGACGAAAUCGCCCUGGGUGGUAGUUGGGCUCUCGAUAAUGUUAAUGAAGGCUAUGAAGAUGUUCCACGUGGUCCAAUUAUAACCGCUGCGGAGGUGUUUGAAUGGCAUAUUACCCCGACGAACAACACCUCGAUCCACAACACCUAUUUGUUGAGAAUCCUCACUCACCGUAAUUUCUUAUAG